AUGACGUACCAAUUAAAAAAAGAAUAUUUAACGAAUUGGGAUGCACCAAAGUCAAAUGAAAAAUCGAUAUUUAGUGAUGACCAAGAUACUUAUAUAUCAGAAAAGUCUUCUAUUAUAUCAUUGCGUGAAAAUAAUCAACCAUCUAUUCCAAAUAAUAAAGAAUUAUUAACACCACCCGUAUUGCGUACCGGUUUACCAAAAAAGAAACCUCAUACUCUUCGAUAUCCUUAUAAUGAUUUACCAAAAAAUGGUAUACCACUUGCUACUCAAUAUAAUAAUGCACAAAAGGAAGAAAAAAAAAGAAAAAAAGCUGUUCGUAAAGCACCACCAGGUCAAGGAAAUCUGGUUCCAUUACCUGAAAACAAUCCAUCUGCAAUGAAUGAUAACUACUAUCCUUAUUGGCAUUAUUACAAACUGAAAAAUCCUGAUUGGAGUAUGCGUCAUCGUCAAACUACUGAUGGUCAACUAAUACCUUAUGAUCCAGUUGAUCCUUCAAAAUAUGUUCAUGAAUCUGCAUUAACAAAGUCACCAACAACACCACACCGACAUCAUCGAAAGUCUCAUCAUAAUAACCACGAUACAUCUAUUGCAAAAUAUAAUUCAGAUAAACAUCGUUAUGAAACGGUUCAGAAAGUAUCACAAUCAUCACCUCCAAUAUCAUAUAAAAAUUAUAGAGAACAAAGAUCACCACCAAAACAAAAUACAUCUUUGGAAGAUGCUAAUAAUAUCGAACGUUUGGAUCGACCAAUUAGACAAAGAAGUUCACAACACCGUCACAAACCUACGUCUGAAAAUAAUUUGAAUGAUUAUUCUGUUACAUCCAUGACAGAGAAACCAUUGCGAGAUUCAAAUAAUCUAACUGUACCUUCUGACGCUUCAGUGCAUCGAUCCAAGCAUCGUUCCAAAAAAAAGAGUAACGAUUCCACUGAUGAAAAUAAAACACAUCAUCAUUCUCAUCAUCAUCAUCAUCAUCAUCAUCGUUCUCCUGUUCUAUCUCAACAACAGCACCACCAUCAUCACCAUCAUUCUCCUACUCAAUCUCAGCAACACCAUCAUCAGCAUCAUCAUCGUCAUAAUCACCAUCAUCAUACUCAUCCUCAUUUUUCACCAUCCAAAGAAUAUGUUGAUACUGAAUUUCAAGUUAUUGAUGCUUCAUUUGCAAAAUCUGAACGAACACCUUUUUUUCAAGGAACAGAAAAUUCAUUUCAUUCACCUCCACCUUCAAUUUAUAAUCAAAGUUCUUAUCUACCACCUAUUACAAGUGAUCACCAUAAUGGAUCAAAUUCAACUGAUUAUCAUACUAUACACACGUUAAGUAAUGCAAUCACUGCUGGUAUUGCAUUGGUUGUUGAAAUCGCAUUUCUUACAAUACGGUGGAUUGUAUAUUUAUGUGUUAAAAAGAACGAAGAGAAGCUUAAAGAUUACCUCGCCACUGGCUGUGCUAUUGACACAAAAGAAUAUGUAAAGUGUUUGAUUCAAGCUGGAAUUGCAAAUGGGGUUUCAUUUGGAAUGUCAAUAGCUGGUGGAGUAGUCGGAACAUUUAUUCCUUUACCAGGUGCUACAGUUGGAUUUUCAAUUCUUUUUGGUUUUAUAAGUUAUGUAAUUGCUCGGUGGGGUUCUGGUGCAUUAAUCAAUAUAUUUCAAAAACUGAUCGACGAGAAAAUGAAUGAAUGA